UGUUAUUUCACAGACUGUUUGAAUUGUAGUUGUUCUAUGUGCUUUGCUGAAUAUUGUUGAAGCUAGGCCUUGCCAUUGAACUGCCAAACUGGUUGACUAACAAGCGAAACAUCCUCAAAUCUGCUUUUAUGGUGUGCAGUUGACAUUUGCUCAACUGCUGUUGCCUUUAGACAGCAAGAAACAGUGGAACGGAACUUUACAUAUAAUAAUUGUAUUUUGAAAUAUAUUCAUCAUGGCCAGCGAUCCUCAAAAGCUGGAAGAGUUGAAGCGAGAAGCUGAGCGAAUUAAAAAAGAAAUAAUGGGUCAACGUAGAGCAGUACAAGACACAACUUUAUCUAGGGUAACACAAAAUCUUGACAGUCUUGGACGCAUACAACUUAGAACACGUAGGACAUUGCGCGGACAUCUCGCUAAAAUUUAUGCUAUGCACUGGGGAUCUGAUUCCAGGAACCUCGUUAGCGCUUCACAAGACGGCAAAUUAAUUGUAUGGGAUUCGUACACUACUAAUAAGGUGCACGCCAUCCCUCUGCGUUCCAGUUGGGUAAUGACAUGCGCUUAUGCUCCAUCUGGCAGUUUUGUAGCCUGUGGCGGUCUCGAUAAUAUUUGCUCAAUCUAUUCUUUGAAGACGCGAGAAGGAAACGUUAAAGUGAGUCGAGAAUUACCAGGCCACACAGGUUAUUUGUCAUGCUGCAGAUUUUUAGAUGAUACGCGUAUUGUUACAAGUUCAGGAGAUAUGUCUUGUGCCCUGUGGGACAUUGAAACAGGCCAACAAACAACAGCAUAUAUAGGACACACAGGUGACGUUAUGUCUCUCUCAGUUUCGGAAGAUAACAACACAUUCAUUUCUGGUGCUUGUGAUGCCAGUGCAAAGUUGUGGGACAUCCGUGACGGAAUGUGCUGCCAGACAUUCAGCGGACACGAAUCGGACAUCAAUGCAGUAUCGUAUUUUCCAAAUCACAUGGCUUUCGGCACUGGCUCGGAUGACGCUACUUGCCGUCUUUUUGAUAUUCGUGCUGAUCAAGAGCUGAUAACAUACCAACAAGACAACAUUAUAUGUGGUAUUACAAGUGUAGCUUUUAGCAAGAGUGGACGUCUUUUGCUAGCGGGAUAUGAUGAUUUUAACUGCAAUGUUUGGGAUUCAAUGAGGGGAGAUAGAGCAGGUGUUUUAGCAGGACAUGAUAACAGAGUAAGUUGCCUCGGUAUAACCAGUGAUGGCAUGGCCGUUGCGACCGGUUCCUGGGAUUCUUUCCUGAAAGUGUGGAACUAAGUAGCGAGGAUGUCCUGCACUUGCCGUCAUCCGGGAGACCUGUCAAACGGGAGGACUAAACAUUAAGACACACAGACAUCACACAAUAGACUCUUGUUUAAGUUGACUCCAGCAAAUAUGUACAUAUAGAGUAUAUACAUAAUGUGUAAAUGUGUCUGUUGGUAUGUGCGAUUGUAGUAUGUGCAUUUCAUCUGCAUAUUCGCACAGUCACACAAACCAAGCACACACAUGUAUUCGUUGUGUAUGUAUUAUAUAUGAAUGUAGAAAGCUCAACGAUACUUCAUUGGCAACGAAGAUAGACAUUCGUCCAUAACGUGACUAUCUACAAUUUACCUUACCAGUUUGAGCAAUAAUAUAUUCUGUAGCAGCGAUUACGGCCAACGCAAGCAUUCAGGAGAACCUUCAAAAGUUUUAAUCUCAUAUUAGACUAAUCAUAAAGAAGUACAUUGAAGUUGUAACCUGAUGCUGUGGGAUAACUGGUAUCAUAUUGAUGUACAUUUGUGCACAUGGCUUGUCUUUGAUGUCCUGACAUAGAAAUGUAUUAUUAGAGUUUAUCUAAAAGUUAAUCUGAUCAAUAGUCACUCCUGCGUUUUUACGGCUUAAAUAUUUGUGGGCUUGUUUGAAACUGUUAAAAGUGGACAUCUUCACAUCCUGUGUUACAAAAAAUGCCAACAUAGGAUUGUAUGCAAUUUUUUGUGGAUUUUUGUCGCACAUGGAAAGGCGAGUCUCCUGAUGCAGCAAUGUGCGUCGCCUGGCAUUUGCAGUAUUGUUCUUUCAUGAACAAAAGUGUGCGCAUGGAACUGGCUUGCAUGGAAAGUGGAGAAUUGCUUUUAGUAUUUAAUAUGAAUUGACCUUUUUAGUGACGUAUUAUUAUUAUUCUUGUUAAAAUUAUUCUUAUUAUUGCCGUUGUUUUCAUGUCGUCUCGAGGCUGUUUUCACCCUCGCCUAUAAACUGGAAUCUUAUCGUUGUGACCACAGAAGAUAUCCCCAUGUCGUGUGCUCUGUAUUGAAUGUCUUUGAUUUGGGAUGCUAAUUUUUUAAACAUUUGGCAAAUAACAGAAAGAAUAAUUUUUUUUAUUUUACUUCCGAAAGAAUGCCCAUUUUCCUUAUAGAUCCCUGCCCGGUACUUAAAUUCCUUUUUCGUCCGUUCCUUCCCUUGUCGAUGUUAUUCUCAAAUCAACUAAGCGUAUUUUCAGUUAUAUGUUGUUGUACUGGUCUGCCGUAUUCGGCAUUUAUAACUUGCUGCUUUUAUCACCUUCAUAGAGCCUAAUAGCGCCAGCAGGUGAUAAUAUAAAUGAAAGAUUGGGCCAUACCUCAAAUCAUUACUGUUAAUGGAAAACGAUAAGGGUUACUUACAUAACGGAUGUAUCUUAAUGUAGAUCUCAUAACAUGAGUGCAAUACUCUCAUCAACUUUCUUAUAAAACCAGCUCAUUAUCGUGUAUUAUGGAUAAACAAAUUUAAAUUUCAGACUUGUUAAGACGUUUUGAAUAUACCCAGUUGUAACUAGUCAUUUUUAAUAAUAAUCUGUGAGAUCGUUUAGACCCCUUUUCCUCACUUUCUGCGUUUACUUCACCUUAUUUAGGUGGAGUUUUAGAGGCAGUAAAGCAUUUUAUAUUUAUCAAUAGUUUAAAAUAAUGAAUUCUGAUGGCAUGUUUAUUGCCAUCAUGUGACUAACUUUUCUUUGAUUUGUGUAAUCGGAAAGAGACACCUUGUAGUCUUACCUUUGUGCAUUUUUUUACUUCUUACAUACGUUGUCGUUGUUUGCUCGUCAUUAUAUUCUCUUUUUCAGAUGACGGUCCAUUUUUUAUUUUAAUUCAUUAUCCGCUGAAUUUUUGAUCAUUAGUUCUCUUGUAUGUCUCAAGCUCACCACUUAUUUGGGCUCCAUUUAAUUGAAACACCACUCUUGUAGACGACUUGCGAACUUGGUCGCGGCGGUUUAUUUGCGUCCACUUUUAUUUAUAAUGCUUUUGUUAUUCGAUCAUGGAAUUCUUGUGCCGCAUUAUUCGCAGUCAAUGUCAUUUAUCAUGCUUCACAAAAUAUCACCACUCCCUCAAAUGACGAAAAAUUUGCCCGAUACAAAUGACGCAUAAACGCGAUGGCUUUGCUUCUUGCCAUUUUGCUAUCCGACAUCAAGCCGGGCGUAGAUUAAAUACGAUUAAAAUUUUGCUGUGCGAACCUGCCUACGUGCGUCACAUGAUCUCGUCAGAGGGUUUUUUCCAACGCCCGAAUGAACGGCGAUAGCAACUCAUUAUCGCUUGAAACAUUCUCAUAGCUUGGUAAUGAGUAUUGCUUCCUGCUUUAUUAAAGAGGCCGUAUGCUGCGAGAUCCACCUAGCAAAAUAUCUCGCCCUGGUUGGGUUAUUUGUGCUUCAACUAUUCAAUUACCCAUAUUAAUUGUCUCGCAAUAAUGCGAGCGUGAACCCAUCCCAUACUCUUCAAGAUUCGCCAUCAAUGAAGUUUGAAUACUCGGGCACAUUUCCGAAAAACUUUUCGUUAUCCAGUUUUUUACAGUGGUGAAUGGUUAUUGUAUUUUAAAUGUGCAACUGUCUAAUAAAAUGAAGAUGAAAUCUAA